AUGAAUAAAGAUUCAGGGAAGAAGGAUAAAAGUGACUGUACUUCCAAUCAGAAGGAAGAAGCGCAAAGUUCCAGCGCGACACAUCCAAGUGCAGUGGAAAGUAACACAAAAAAUAACAAGCCUACAAGAAGCCUCAGCCCCGACCAUCAGCCCCCCGGCAAGAGAAGGGUUUCUGAGGUGGCUGGACCCUCUAAAAGAAGCCCCGACCAUCAGCCCCCCGGCAAGAGAGGGGUUUCUGAGGUGGCAGGACCCUCUAAAAGAAGCCCCAGCCCCGACCAUCAGCCCCCCGGCAAGAGAAGGGUUUCUGAGGUGGCCGGACCCUCUACAAGAAGCCUCAGCCCCGACCAUCAGCCCCCCGGCAAGAAGGGAAGGGUUUCUGAGGUGGCUGGACCCUCUACAAGAAGCCUCAGCCCCGACCAUCAGCCCCCCGGCAAGAAGAGAAGGGUUUCUGAGGUGGCCGGACCCUCUAAAAGAAACCUCAGCCCCGACCAUCAGCCCCCCGGCAAGAGGAGAAGGGUUUCUGAGGUGGCUGGACCCUCUAAAAGAAGCCCCAGCCCCGACCAUCAGUCCCCCGGCAAGAGGGGAAGGGUUUCUGAGGUGGCUGGACCCUCUAAAAGAAGCCUCAGCCCCGACCAUCAGCCCCCCGGCAAGAGAACAAGGGUUUCUGAGGUGGCUGGACCCUCUAAAAGAAGCCUCAGCCCCGACCAUCAGCCCCCCGGCAAGAGGAGAGAGGUUUCUGAGGUGGCUGGACCCUCUACAAGAAGCCUCAGCCCCGACCAUCAGCCCCCCGGCAAGAGGAGAAGGGUUUCUGAGGUGGCUGGACCCUCUACAAGAAGCCCCGACCAUCAGCCCCCCGGCAAGAGAAGGGUUUCUGAGGUGGCUGGACCCUCUAAAAGAAGCCUCAGCCCCGACCAUCAGCCCCCCGGCAAGAGGACAAGGGUUUCUGAGGUGGCUGGACCCUCUACAAGCUAUGACAAUGAAGAAAAGACAGUGAGAGUAGCAAAGAGGAAAGCCAGGGAGGACGGAGAUAGACCAAAAAAACGAGCCAUGCGUGUGGAUCUUCUGAGACUUGUGUUGGACCAAGACGUUGCUUCCUCCUCAAUGGACACUGGUGGACGUAGUCAUGUAAAAACUGACGCUAUUCCUGAGGGGGAUAAAGGGAAGAAAAUGGCCAAGAGGAAGGCCGACGAUGAGGAUGCUGAAGAAACAUCAGGCAGGAAGAAGAAGAAGAACAAGCCAGAGACCCAACAGGACCCAACAAGCUCACCAAGAGAUGAGUUUCAGGAGAAAUAUGAGCAGCAGGGUCUGCUCGGGGAAGGAGGCUGUGGGUCUGUGUUUGCUGGGUACCGGAAGUCCGAUAAUUUACAGGUGGCUAUCAAACACAUCCCAAACGACAGGGUGUUCUGCAAACAUAAAGGCCAGGAUGGGAGGCAGGUUUCUGUGGAGGUGGCUGCAAUGCUGAAGCUCCAGGAAGCAAGUUCAGGUUCAGCAGGACAGUCAGCACCCGUGUCCCUGCUGGACUGGUAUGAACUGGAUCAGGAGUUGAUUCUGGUCAUGGAGAGACCAAUGCCUUCAGAAGACCUCUGGACCUACUUGGAGAACCACGGAGGUCGGCUGGAGGAGGAGGAGGCCAGAAUCAUCCUGAAACAGCUGCUGGAUGCAGCGGUACAUCUUCAGGCAAAUAACAUCUUCCACAGAGAUAUCAAGCUAGCAAACAUCCUGAUAGAGACUGGUGCAACUGUCCCACGAGUUCGCCUCAUAGACUUUGGGUUGAGUUGCUUCUACACGCGAAGAUCUCGCUAUAGAAUCUUCUGCGGCACCACUACUCACACCCCUCCGGAGUGGUUUACUAAAAAUACGUACACCGCUGGACCUACAACCACAUGGCAGAUGGGAGUGGUCCUGUAUGAUACUCUCCACAACACAGACUUCUCAUCCGACGAUUACCUCAAACACUUGAUCACAAUCAGGGAUGAUCUCUCUGCAGACUGUCAAGAUUUCCUGAACAAGUGUUUUACUAUAAAUCCCAAAGAGCGUCCCAGCCUGGAGGAACUUCAGCGUCACCCGUGGUUGACGUAA